AUGGCGAUUUCAAAAUCAAAGAAACCAGAACCCACGCACGACGAAGACCUCCUGAAAUCCGACGUCGCUUCCUUCGCCUCCUCCAUCGGCCUCUCCACCUCCUCCGCCCCACACUCCGGCUUCAACGACUCCGAUUUUCGCAAAACCGGCCCCAUCAAACCCUCAAAACACCCCAAGCCCAAUGUAGGAGAAUCAAAAUUCGACAAAAACAACAACAACAACAACAACAACACUAAAGAAAAAGAGCGUCCUAAACCCAAACCUAAUCCUAGGGUUUUCCCAGCCUCCAAUGAUUCGAAAGGGUUUGAUAGGUUUAAGAACCUGCCAAAGCUUCCUCUAAUGAAGGCAAGCGCGCUGGGCGCGUGGCACGCGGAUGCGGCAGAAUUGGAAGAGAAAGUGAUUGGGAAAAAGAAGGUGGAGGCUUUUUUGGACGGUGAGGAGAGGAAGAGAGCGGCGGCGAAGAAGAAGGAGCUGGCGGAGAGGCUGUUGGCGCAGUACGUGCAUGAGUUCGAGUCGUCAAGGGGGCAGAGCGGGGAUAUAAAGAUGCUGAUUGCUACGCAGAGGUCAGGUACUGCGACGGAUAAGGUGUCUGCAUUUUCAGUCAUGGUUGGGGAGAAUCCUGUCGCGAAUUUGAGGUCGCUUGAUGCGCUAUUAGGAAUGGUGACAUCAAAAGUGGGAAAGCGCCAUGCCCUGACGGGGUUCGAAGCACUGAGAGAACUCUUUAUUUCAAGUCUAUUACCUGAUAGGAAAUUGAAGACUCUUUUCCAGCGGCCUUUGAAUCUUCUCCCAGAGUCCAAAGACGGUUACUCUCUACUGCUCUUUUGGCAUUGGGAGGAAUGUCUAAAGCAGAGGUAUGAGCGUUUUGUUAUUGCACUUGAGGAAGCUUCGAGAGAUAUGUUACCUAUACUAAAAGACAAAGCAUUGAAGACAAUGUACACGUUGCUGCGGAGUAAAUCAGAGCAAGAGCGCAGAUUGCUUUCUGCGCUAGUUAACAAGCUUGGAGAUCCUGAAAGUAAGGCCGCAUCUAAUGCUGAUUUUCAUUUAUCAAAGCUUUUGACUGACCAUCCGAACAUGAAGGUUGUGGUGAUUGAUGAGGUGGAUAAUUUUCUCUUUCGGCCCCAUUUGGGAAUGCGAUCCAAGUAUCAUGCUGUAAACUUCUUGAGCCAAAUUCGUCUGAGUCACAGAGGAGAUGGAUCUAAGGUGGCAAAGAGGCUGGUCGAAGUUUAUUUUGCUCUGUUUAAGGUACUUAUUUCUGAGGCUGGUGGGAGUCUUAUGAACGAAAAAAAGAGGAAAGAGGAUGACAAGAAAGCUUCCAGUUCUUCCAAAGAUAGUAAAGUGAACAGUCAGUCAUCAGAAUCUCAUGUUGAAAUGGACUCACGAUUGUUAACAGCUCUCCUGACGGGAGUCAAUAGAGCAUUUCCUUUUGUUUCUAGUAAUGAAGCUGACGACAUUAUUGAGGUGCAAACACCCAUGCUCUUCCAGCUGGUUCAUUCUAAAAACUUCAAUGUAGGAGUUCAAGCCCUAAUGCUUCUUGAUAAAAUCUCAUCCAAAAAUCAGAUAGUUAGUGAUCGGUUUUUCCGUGCCUUGUAUUCAAAGCUUCUACUUCCAGCUGCCAUGAACUCUUCGAAGGAAGAGAUGUUUAUUGGGCUACUAUUGAGAGCUAUGAAAAGUGACGUCAAUUUAAAGAGAAUUUCAGCCUUCUCAAAACGUUUGUUGCAGGUUGCCCUCCAGCAGCCACCUCAAUAUGCUUGUGGGUGUCUUUUCCUCCUCUCUGAAGUCCUUAAAGCAAGGCCCCCUCUAUGGCAGCUGGUGCUUCAGAAUGAGUCUGCUAAUGAAGAUGUUGAGCAUUUUGAAGAUAUUGAAGAAGAAACCACAGAUCAAAAACCCAUGAAAUCUAGUGAAACAGAUAAUGCCAGCAAAAUUGUUAGUACUAGUGAUAGCACCUAUACUGACGGUGAUUCUUCACAAGAGGAAGAUGUUUCUUCGGCUUCCGAUUCUGAAACUGAUGUUUCAGAUGAAGAAGAGGACUUGCUUGUUGCGGGUGGUUUGGAAGAUGUUAAGGAAACGAAAGAAAUUCCUGAUUUAACUAAGCUGCAACCUCAAGUAUCUGUCGGAAGGUCUUCAUUGCCAGGAGGGUACAAUCCGCGACACAGGGAGCCUUCUUAUUGCAAUGCAGAUUGUGUAAGCUGGUGGGAGCUUACGGUGCUGGCUUCACACGUGCACCCGUCGGUUGCUACCAUGGCGAGAACCCUUCUGUCAGGGGCCAAUAUCGUGUACAAUGGAAACCCAUUAAACGACCUCUCACUCACUGCUUUCCUCGACAAGUUAAUGGAGAAGAAACCCAAGCAAAGCACAUGGCAUGGUGGUUCCCAGAUUGAACCUUCUAAGAAGCUUGACAUGAACAACCAGUUGAUUGGGCCAGAGAUUCUCUCAUUGGCUGAAACCGAUGUACCACCUGAAGAUCUUGUCUUCCACAAGUUCUAUAUGAACAAGAUGAGUUCCUCAAAGAAGCCAAAGAAAAAGAAGAAGAAGAAAGGAGCAGAGGACGAGGCGGCUGAAGAGCUAUAUGGCGGUGAAGAAGGUGACGAUGAGAGUGACAAUGAAGAGAUUGACAACAUGUUGGACUCUGUUGUUCCUUCUAUUGCGGCGGAUGGUGAAUAUGAUUACGACGAUUUGGAUCAAGUUGCCGUUGAAGAUGAUGAUGACUUGGUUGGUAAUGUUAGCGAUGAUGAAGAGAUUGACGUCCAAUCAGAUAUUGCUGUGGGAGAUGAUGAUGAUGAUGAUGAUGCUGAUGGUGAUGACAUUGACGAUGAUGUUGAUAUAGGAGAUGCAGAUGACGGAAGUGAUGAAGAAGAAGAUGUACUAUUAGAUCAAGGGAAAAGGAAACGGAAGUCUAAAGGGCGAAGUGGAGCUUCCCCUUUUGCAAGUCUUGAGGAGUAUGAGCAUCUGUUAGAUGAGGAUUCUACUCCGAAAGACAAGUCCGCCAAGAGGAAAAACUCAUCAUCAAAGAAGAAGAGAAAGAAGUCCAAGUAAGAGUUCACUCCUAAAGCUAUACCUUGGCAACCCAUUAGCCCCCUCAUGACACCAUGUCUUUGAAGAAGGGAGUUUCGGAUGUAAUGUCCAUUAAAUUUUGUCCGUUCAAUUUAUGAGAGACUCGUAAGGCCUGGGGAAUGGUAAUGUAGUAUUUGUAAGUUAAAAUGCAAGAAACGCAAAGAUGGGUUAAAUUUGUUGUUUUCCCUACGAUCACCUUUAAUGUCCAUUAAAUUUGUAGUAUUUGUAAUUUAUAUUGCUGGUCCGUUCCCAAUCA